AUGUUUGAUGUCACACAAAAUCGAAGACUUACAAGCAAAAACCGACAAACUGGUCGAAGAAGCAGCAAAGACAGGACUCCAGGUGAACAUAGACAAGACGGAGGUCAUGAAAAUAACCAACCAACAACAGCAGCAACAUCCAGUGCCAAUCACCAUCAACGGGAGGGAUUUGAAAGAGGUUACUUCUUUCACUUAUCUGGGGAGCAUUGUCUCAACCACAGGAGGAACGGACGAGGAUGUCAAAUCGAGAAUCGGGAAGGCGAGAAACACAUUCAUCAACCUGAAACCAAUCUGGAAAUCUUCGUCACUCACCAUCAACAACAAAAUUCGGAUUUUCAAUACAAACGUGAAGUCAAUUUUGCUUUACGGAUCAGAAACUUGGCGAGUCACCAAGAAUAUUUUCAACAGGUUGCAGACCUUUAUCAACAACUGUCUUCGCUCCAUACUGAAGAUUAG